AUGGAGGGCCUCCAGCAGCGAGGCCAGAGCACCUUCCUGGUGGGCCGCCGCAACCCCCCGACUCUGCACAUGGUGCUGGAGGCGCUGCAGGCCGGGGAGCAGAGCCGGGGCAUGUCGGUGGUGGCCAUCAAGCGCUACAUUCUGCACAAGUACCCAACGGUGGACGUCACCCGCUUCAAGUACCUGCUGAAGCAGGCCCUGGCCACGGGCAUGCAUCGCGGCCUCCUCACCAGGCCGCUCAACUCCAAGGCCAAGGGGGCCACUGGCAGCUUCAGGUUAGUUCCUAAGCACAAGAGGAAAAUCCGGCCCAGGAGGACGGCUGCCUCGGUGGCCCCCAGGGGAGCUGGGGAGGCCAAGGAAAAGGUCCCCAAGAAACCAAGGGCGGCAGAGAAGGGCCCUCCCAGCUUGGGCAAGGUGGAAAAGGCAGCCGAGAAGCCUGGAGAGAUGAGGAAGGCACCUCCCAAACCACGUGCAGCCAAGCAGAAGGCCCCCAAGAAAGGCAACAAGGCCAAGGACAUCGAGGCAAAACUGGUCGAGGCUAGGAAGGCCCCCCCAAAGCCAGACAAGACCACACUGGCCCCUUCCAGUACCAGCAGGCUCAACAGAAAGUCAAAGGUCGAAGGCAGUAGGAACAGCCAAGGAGAUGCCAAGGCCCACAGGAAAAUCAGAUCUGAGAGUAGGAGUUCAAAACCCACAGCCAGCAAGGCCAAGAAUGGGGCUGCUCCCCCAACCAGGAAGAAGAUGGUGGCCAAGGCCCCUCAAGGGGCAGAUGCCCAAGGGUCUAGGGAGGGACCAAACGCCAGGGCAGCUCUUCCUGCUAAGGGCAGUGGCUCCAAGAUGGCACCUGCACGCUUGGCCACGAAGAUGGAGGACCCCAUGGGCCCAAGAAAGCCUGGGCAGCCCAUGGAGGCCUCGGCAUCCAAGGUGCUUAGCAAGAGGGCCGAAGCCUAG